CCAACUAAUACGACGCGUGUAGCCGUUGCACGUGGCCAACUGCUAAGCCACUAAGUCGCAGAGGUUCUCCGACUCACGUGUAUCAAUAACUGUGCUUGAGCUUAACGUUACUUACCUCGGUGUCACGUGUAACCCGAAGUCCAGUGUCAUGUUGCCCCGUCCUCUCAAUAUUUUUGGCAGUUUGCUUCUGCUGUUGCUGCUUUGCUGUGUCGCAACAUUUGCUGUUGAGUUACGUCGCGAUGAAUCGUAUCCGCCACCAGAACUUUUAAAGGAACUGGCACCCGUUCAUGAUAGCUGCAUUAAGAAAACAGGGGCCACUGAAGAAGCAAUCAAGGAGUUCAGUGAUGGCGAGGUGCACGAGGACGAGGCGCUGAAGUGCUAUAUGUAUUGUGUCUUUGAUGAAACGGAUGUGCUGCACGAAGACGGAGAGGUGCAUUUGGAGAAGCUGUUGGAUAGGUUGCCCGACUCCAUGCACGACAUUGCGGUGCACAUGGGGAAGCGUUGUCUUUACCCCAAGGGCGACACAAAGUGCGAGCGUGCCUUCUGGCUUCAUCGCUGCUGGAAAGAGUCGGAUCCCAAGUAUCCACCACCGGUUAUGCUAAAAAUAACAAACCAUUUUCGCAAAAUUUGCAUCGAAAAAACCGGCGUCACUGAAGCUCUUCCCAAAGAGGCUAUCCAUGAGUUCAGCGAUGGACACAUCCACGAGGAUGAGAAUCUCAAGUGCUACAUGAAUUGUCUAUUUCACGAGUUCGAUGCAGUUGACGACAAUGGUGAUGUGCAUCUGGAGAAACUGUUUUAUGCCAUGCCGGGCCAGCUGCGUGAUAUAUUAAUGCGACUGUCCAAGGACUGCAUACAUCCAGAGGGUGAUACGCUAUGUCACAAAGCCUGGUGGUUCCAUCAAUGCUGGAAGAAGGCAGAUCCAAUGCUGAAACUUAUUUGUGUUCUUGUUCUGCUUGGCUAUACUGCCGCACAGGCGCCACGUCGGGAUGAACAGUAUCCCCCACCAGCACUUUUAAGAAUGGCCAAGCAUUUCCAUGAUAUUUGCCAGGGAAAAACGGGUGUCACUGAUGAGGCUAUUAAGGAGUUCAGCGAUGGUGAAAUACAUGAGGACGAGAAACUCAAGUGCUAUAUGAAUUGCCUAUUCCACGAGUUCGAUGUGGUCGAUGACAAUGGGGAUGUGCACUUGGAGAAGCUGUUCAAUUCCAUCCCGGGCCCAUUGCGUGAUAUAUUGAUGAAUAUGUCCAAGGAUUGUGUGCAUCCACAAGGUGAUACACUGUGCGAGAAGGCGUGGUGGUUUCAUCAAUGUUGGAAGAAAGCAGACCCCGUACACUACUUCUUAGUUUAAAAAUAUGUCAUAUUUGAAGUUGUAUUCGUAAGUGUAUCAAUUACAAUAAAAGAGGUUUUGGGUUCUGUCUUAACGUA